UGGAUGCUAGUAGUGGUGGGGCUUGGACCGAGCUGAGAGUACUUUUUUACUUUUGCAUUUACAACUAAACUCUCAAAGACAGUAAGAUACUCGUCUCGUGCUCGGUGGGGUAAUGUGUUCAAGUUCGCUAAAGAGUUCUUGAAGUAUGGAUGUAAUUAUGAUAAUGGUGACUGUUUCUUCUGGAGUGAUGUUGACAGGUGAGAGAGAACACGAGGAGGCCCAAGACGAUGAUAAGGCAAAGAGGAAGGAAGCAUGAAGCACCACUCCUGAGAAGGAAGCAUCAACCGGCGGAAGAGAAGCUUGGACCACUGACCGCGCUUGGCUUUCUCGCGCUCUCGGGGUCUUUUUGUCGCUUCACAACUUCACGGGUUCAGCGACAUGUUGACGCGCCUUCCCGAAAGAAAAAAACCAAACUCCACCACCACUCACAGGUAUUAGGCAGCUGCACUAAUUACCUACUUACUACCUCACUGCUACUAAUCCUACCUUGCCUUACUACCACUACCACUACCACCACCACCACCACCACCCUCCGUCACCGCUGCACACAAUCAAUCACACACUUCUUUUCCCGCAAAUCUCACACUUGGUUGAACCUUUGUUUCAAUCGCCCAAGAAGCAAGCCAUCAAGCUAUUUUCCGUUUGCCUGACUGCAUUCGAGAUUUUGCACCGCUCUCUUCCGCGUAAGUUAUUUUUCUUUUCCCCACAUCCAACCCCGGACACAAUCAUGGGAUUCAAGGCCAAUCCCUUCGACCUGGACGAUUUGAAUCCUGUUUCAACCUUC